AUGUCAGGAGGCAGGAUGCUGCUGCUCGCCGCCGCCUGCUGGCUGCUGCUGGUGUUUGGAGGCUGCAGAGAGCUGAAGUUUGAACGAUCGAGCGGACCCACAGAAGGAGACGAGGAGAAAGAGCUGAUCGAAGCACUCCAGGAAGUUCUGGAGAAGCUGAAGAGUCAACAGCCACCAUCCUCGGAGAAGAAGCUGGGCUGGCUGCCUUCGUGUGACGCCGGCGAGCAGUGUGCGUUGCGUAAAGGCUCGCGGGUUGGGAAGUUGUGUGGCUGUCCAAGUGGAACCGUGUGCAACUUUGACGUCCUCAAGUGUCUGUGAGAGAAUAAAGUUAAAGUGUCCAUGGC